CCUCCGCGGGGCGGAAGCGCGCGUUUCCCUGCGGCCGUGUGAACGUGUUGCCUCACUUCCGUUUCCUCUCACGCUGCGGCUCCGCUGCCCCGUUUCACCGAGAGAAGGACGCCCACAGGGGCCGCCGCCCGCCGCUCAGGAUGUCGUACAUGCUGCCGCACUUGCACAACGGCUGGCAGGUGGACCAGGCCAUCCUCUCGGAGGAGGACCGAGUUGUGGUCAUCCGCUUCGGGCACGACUGGGACCCGACCUGCAUGAAAAUGGAUGAAGUCUUAUACAGCAUUGCUGAGAAGGUAAAAAACUUUGCUGUCAUCUAUCUUGUGGAUAUCACUGAAGUACCAGAUUUCAACAAGAUGUACGAGUUGUAUGAUCCCUGUACCGUCAUGUUUUUCUUCAGGAACAAACACAUCAUGAUUGAUUUAGGUACAGGUAAUAACAACAAGAUCAACUGGGCAAUGGAAGAUAAGCAAGAGAUGAUUGACAUCAUAGAAACUGUUUAUAGAGGAGCCCGCAAAGGUCGAGGUUUGGUGGUGUCACCAAAAGAUUAUUCCACUAAAUACAGAUACUGACAUUUCUUUGGGGCUGCCUUUUUUUUAACCCUACGUCCACUUAAAUUUAUUCUUGUCUAUGUCUGUACAUAUAUAUAUAUAUAAAAUGAAAAAAAGAAAAACCAAACCUACAAUCCUUCAACUUUGAGUGUAUUUUGAAUUAUUUAAGAUAUUUGAAUUCCAUUUGGAAAAGUAAAAGGCAUGAAGCCUGGAACUGUCUGACUGCAGUAAUACUGUAGAUGAAUUGUGGCUUGUUUUUUUAUCUUUAGUUUUUAAAGCUUUUACUCUGUGUUGUCCUUUGGGUAUGAUGUAUUUUUGUAUACAAAAAGCCUGUUUGCAGAAAAACAUUUCAACUGCUUUUGUUUGCUUUCGUUACACAAAUAUGUGGGAAAACUAUAGUAUAGGUUUUUUUAAAGGAAUAAAAUGAGUUUCAUUUAUUUAC